GUAAACAUAACGCCAAGGGGGUCGGCGCCCACCUAAAACUGACAGUUUCAUUUGCAGGGAAUGUCUGGGCCUCUCGGAAGAAAAGGACCAAAGGGAGCGGCCGGUGAACAGGGAUCAGCAGGAAAAGUCGGGAGACGUGGACAACCUGGAAAACCGGGACCCAGGGGACUACCAGGCUUAGAUGGUCUGCUGGGUGUUGAGGGAAAUGAAGGCGACCCAGGCGACAUCGGCCGUGCCGGAAAGCCCGGGCGUCCAGGAGCAAGAGGCAAGAAGGGUGACCCCGGACCCCGAGGCCUGCAGGGACCUCAAGGACAAAAAGGCCCAAAGGGACAUCCAGGUCUAAAGGGCUCCAUGGGACCAGCAGGGCCGGUGGGCCCCCCGGGCAUUCCAGGCCUCCGAGGAGAGAAGGGUCAACCGGACAUCAAAGGAGCACAGGGCCCACCGGGUGCCAAAGGUCUGAGGGGUCUGCCUGGACCAGCAGGGGUCAAGGGACAUCAAGGCCUCCAAGGCCCCAAGGGACGACACGGACCCAAAGGAGUGCAGGGUGACAUCGGGCAGUCGAGCCCACAAGGGAGAAGAGGCCAGCCAGGACCCCCAGGUCUGUUUGGCACAAAGGGAGCAAAGGGGCUUCAGGGCAAGCAAGGAAACAAGGGAUGCAGUGGUGCCCAAGGCCCACCAGGACCUCCUGGACCCUCAGGACCAAAACCACCAAUAGAGAAGUUGUCCGCCCAGGCCACGCGGAGAAGUCGUCUGCAAAUGGACCACCCGCCUCCUGACAUCGGGGACGCUUGUGACUGGACAAAGGGGACGGAGGAACACCCCGCCACCACCUGCAAGGAGCUGAGGCUGUGCUGGCCGCACCUUCCAGAUGGUUAUUAUCAUGUGGACCCAAACCAAGGCAGCCCACUGGACGCGCUGCUUGUUUUCUGCAAUCUGACAGCAGGGGGCGCCACUUGCAUUUCGCCAGUUAAGUCUCAGAUGGAGCUCAGACACCCAGUGAACAAUGGAACUGUGCUGUGGUUCAGCAGACUGGCCAGUGAGCUGCAGUUCCACUACUCCGGCCUGACGGUGGUACAGCUGCGUUUCCUGCGUCUACACAGUCGCCAGGCGGCACAGAAAUUGGCCGUUUCCUGCCUGCCCGGUGUGCCAGGGGAUACGAGGCCCUGCACCCAUGCUGCCCACGUGCUGGGAGACAACGGGCAAGUCCUUGGACUUGGAGACACCUUGCAUAGGAUUAUGCCAGCUGGUGGCCAGACUGAUGGACCCCGAACCUACGAGUGCCUCCUAGAAGUCAGUGGCUCCUCUGUGGACCUGUUACCAGUCAGGGACCUGGCACUAUUUGGGCACACUGAGGAAAGUCUGGGUUUUGGCUUUGCCUUGGGUCCUGUAUGCUUCAUGUAG